GUACAAACCAUGAUAAACUAUGUCAGUACAUCGGUACACAGUCUUAUCAGCUUGCUCUUGCUGGGCGGCCCAAUCCUGGCGGAUCUGACCUACUUCCUUCCCGGCCACAGAACAGUCCUAUACGCGGGCACAUCACAGGCGUAUCUCAAAGACUUUACAACAGUGAUCAACACUGUGAAUCACACCCUGACUCUCACAAGUUCAUCUGACGAGGGUAUCUACAGUCCGAUAGUAGGAAAUUCCACCCACUCCCACAUCCUCUCCGAGCAGACCCAGUGGUUCAGCUCUGCUAGUCUCUGUAGUUACAACUUGACGGAUGUACUGCGGGAUGUCCCACCCACCCUGUUUCGUCCCGGCAGUACAGCGGUAGUUCCGUGUGCGGUCGUAGGACAACCUAAACCUACGAUAUGGUGGCAGGUCCUGGUGGAUGGGCUGUUCUCCAAUUUAACUUUAGAUGGACGAUACUUUAUGUCACCCAACAAUCAUCUUAUUAUAAAGAAUAUUGCAGAAACUGAUUCUGGAACUUACAGGUGUGUGGGGUGGAAUGAGUGUGGGUCUCGGUGUCCGACCCAGGACACUUGUCUCACCGGUCAGAACACCACAGGUGAUCCCAUCACCAUAACCGUGUCUCUGGACAGUGUUCACCCUAACAAAGCCUUCAACUUGAACAACAAGCUGGAUCCUUACACAGAGUAUAUUACUCAUUGGUACAGCUGUCUGAUGGGUGACAACGAGACACAGUGUCUCUAUUUGAGGCAGUUCUCCAAGAGACAGUUUGGUGGUAAUAUUGAUGCUGUGUUUAUUGGUGAUGCUAACUUCUCCAGUAUAAACAGGGAUGAUGUCGAUGGUUCCUAUGGCACGAAUGAAUUUGGAAUUUGCAUGUUCGAAUGUCUCAAAAAUAGUUCGAGCGAAGAAUUGGGCAGUACGGCUGUCGACAUCCGGCCGAUGGACUGCACUAAUAUAGAAGCUGGUGAAGAGCUUUCUACAAACUGUUUUUCUGUUCAUGUGAACAUUUCAAAGUUCUUGGCUAUCGCUGUCAACAACCUCAAAUUUGUACCAGAUAUCAAGCUAUCAAGGUUAGAAGAAGUGGUUACACUCACUCAGAAUACCACAAGAAUUCAAUUCUACACAAGUAGAAAAGAUAUAGAUCAUGGAGACAUGAGAGAUUGGACUUGCUACAAAAACAACAAGGAGAUCAUACCGGAUAAACGAACCUCCGUCACUAAAAUAGUAGACAGAAAAAAUGACAGAAUAUUAUUUUCAAUAAAUAAGGACUGUCUGAUGAGGGCAGAUAUAGGAGACUAUUACUGUAAAAUAACAGACAUAGCUGGACAGAUAUCCCUGUCUGCACAUACAUCUGUCGUAGGUGUUGAUAAGUUUAGCUGUACGGAGGCCGAAGUGUCCCUCCAAUCCAGGACUACCACCUCACUGCUGGUCAGCUGGUCGUCUGUAAACGACAAAAUCACAACGCAACAGGAUUUGGUCGUACAACCCUACCCCUGUCACCCGGGUGAUAGAGAGUGUGGUGGUGAAAGUGUGACUGUUCUCCUGACCUCCGCCCAGAACCUCUCCAACAUCACCAGCCUGACACCCGGGUGUUGCUACAGUAUCACCGUCACCAAAUCUUCCGGCUCUGUCUUGGCCGAGAAUAAAGAAGUUUCCGACUUCAAAACGUGGGAGGUUCCUCCGAAAGCACAAUCGACAUUGUCUAUGCAAUACAACGCUUCAUACUACCAGAACGAUAAACUCAGGAUUUGGUGGACAGCACCAGAGCGAGUAUCAUGGGGGAGCGACACACUAACAUUCGAGAUAACACGAGGUAUUGAUACUUACAAGAUAAGCGGACGGACUUACUUUGUAGUGGAUGAGUUGCUGCCUGAAGCACAGAUCAUGAGGUACGGACAGAUGAGGCUGUGUAAUCCGGCUGGGUGUUCUCUUCAUCAUGAAAUACUGGUCACAGUCCCGUACCGGCCCAACAAGCCACGAGUCGAGCUGCUCGAUUCUGGCUGCAGAGAACUGAAGGUAAAUAUGUCUAACGAGGACACAGUAACAUACAGCAAAUAUAGGUAUGGCGUGCUCAAGUACACUGAAGACAACACUACAUUGCCAGAAGUUCUCUUCACAGGAAAUCUAUCGCUGGGUGUAAACGUAGUGAAGUACCUCAAAGAAGGAAAGAGGUACAACCUAAAGAUAUGGGGUAUUAACUCCAGGAACAGCAAUACUCCACUGAUCAGUGUUCCUGUUGAGACGGAGUCGUUCUGUGCCAGGGAAAUCACAAUUGUUACCAUCUUAGCCUUCAUCUUAGUCGUCAUCGGAGUCAUGGUGUGUGUCCUGGUGGAGAGACGAAGAAAAGACGCCAUGUACACAUACACCAUGAACCCAACCGGAGAGAAUGUGUUUAGCGACGCGCUUGAGGACGAUAUAUCAAUUAUUCACAUCAAUCACGACCAAGCAACUACUGUCAAACCGUCUCGUAAUGUUCUGCUAAGACUGAAACUAUCACUGGGUUUAAAGAGAUUAAAGUGAUUUGCGAUGUACAGGAAGUUUUCCUGAAACUGUACGCAUGGUAACCCGUGCUCCCAUUAAAGCUGAAAGGCGUCAGAUUUUUAACCAAAUAAUCAACGAUUCAGAUUUUUAUUUAUUUUUUAUCUAUUGAACUGCUAAGACGUUAGCUUAUAUUGUUGUCGCGACUGGAUACUGAUUUUAUCCAAACCCGAUGAGGUUGACGCGUUGACAUAGCAACCUGUAAACACAGACAAGGUUUUACUUUUUAAGGAAUAAUUUUAGCGAUAUCAUGGAGAUUGUACAUAUAUUUGUCUGUAAACACAGAUACCCUCCGAUUUAGGUUAAGCUUUUACCGCACUAUCCUCCCAGAGCCAGCCGGUUAUUGACUGCCAAAUCAGGUUACUAACCUGAUUUGGCGUGAUCGAUCAAAUAAUCAUAUUAUCUGUAAUAUAUUCGUCCGUAUAAGAAGCUACCUGGAUUUGAAUCGGAUCAUUUACACUUAAAUACUUGUAAGUGGAGAAUGUGCUAAACAUUGAUUUUAGGUGGCCCAGGGAGAGUGAGUGCAGUAGAAGAAUAUUAUAAUGGAUUAUACGUACGUGAACAUAAUGUUCAGUAACAAUUAAAUACAAAAAUUAGAUGGACCAUGGAGUUGUGUUCGUGCUGUAUCGUGCUAUUAUAUAUUCUCUCGAGUGCAAAAACUGUUGCAACUCACGGAUACGGUACUCAAAUGAUGUUAAUAGCAACACUAAACUGUUCGUGACCCUCUUGGUUUAUCAAAAAAUAAUGCUCCUAAUUUUAUUAUCAAAGUUGAUAAGAUCGCUUAAAGAGAACCCCGGUCAGCACAGUGUAAAACUGGCAUAAGAUGGUGUCGGUAUUCGGUAUUAUAUAUAUAUAUAUGAGGGACCACA